AUGCUGAAACUGGAUUUAAACGAGAGAACAAUCAAAACGACAAUAGAAGAAGUGCUCUAUCAUGAUAGCUACAAGCAGAAUGCGAUCAGAUUGUCGAAGUUAAUGGCGGAGAAGCCGUUCUCCGCUGAAGAAAGACUCGUUCGAUGGACGAACUUCGCCGUUGAGAACGGUGUAUUGGACGUGCUUCAUGUCGAAGGCUCACGCAUGAAUUUCAUUACUUAUUUCAACCUUGACGUCAUUCGCUGUUGCCAUGAUUGUUGUAUGUUCAGUGGUAUUCUUGAUCUUCAAAACCCUCAAGUCGCUUUGUUCCCGAGGUGGUCACAGAAAACUUAA